AUGGCGAUUGAGUUCGCAGACGAAAGUUCCAUCCCCAAUGACUGGCGCACGAGACAGCCAGGUCUUACCAUUUGGCUCAUCUACGCCGUGCCUCGCACACUCUUGCAACUUCUUUUCUACAGCCUCUACUACAUCCCCAGCUCUCUCCGCCAGAACAGCACAUGGACCUACCGUCAAGCCCUCAAGACACAGCUCGUGAAAACAAUCUAUGCUGGCCCCAUUACGGAGUGCGGCUAUACACAAGCACUGAGCCUGGAGGCCGGCAAGACGGGCGAUCAAUGGGUGGUUUUGAAACCUGCGUCGCCAAACUUCUACCGCGGACCAUUCGCUAGCAGCAGCACUGUGAGUCCGGAAAUACUUGGAGGAACCUGGUAUCCCGAUGUGCCGCCUACUACCGCCGCUGCUGCGGACGAUGGCGGUGACAAUCUAGUCAUCCUGUCCUUCCAUUCCGGGUCGUUCCUUUGGAUCACUGGCCGGCCAAGUGAUUCCGGCUUUGUUGCCGACACGCUCAAUAAAGCGGUCAGCCCUGGCACGCGCUCAUUUUGGCCACAGUAUCGACUUGCCGGUGCCAGAGAGAACUCAACAACGUACCCAGGGCCCAUGCAGGAUGCGAUAACGGCAUAUGUAUACCUGGUCAGGGACUUGGGUAUCUCGCCGCGCCGCAUCGUGCUCGCAGGAGACUCCUCCGGCGGGACCAUCGCCAUGGCUCUGUUGCGAUACCUAGACUCGCUUAAUAGAAGUCUACACGCUGAAGACGCGAGCGAGGCAGGCUUCGACCUCGCCAUUCUACCACCCCCUAGAGCGUGUCUCAUGUUCUCGCCAUCUAUCGAGUAUACUGUCGAAGGCGACUCGCGCACCGCGAAGGAAAAUCGAAAUGGCCGAACGGACUACUGCAGUGGAUGCAUGAUGGCCUGGGGAGCAGCAGCGUUUGCGCCGCCGGGAAUCGUGCGUUUGGAUGACCCGUAUUUGUCACCGGCUCUGCAUCCGUUCGCCACGCCCGUGCCUCUGUUUGUGCAGGCCGGGGGUGGUGAGGUGCUCUGCGACAGUAUCAGAGGGUUUGCCGAGGCCAUGAGCGCUGUGCCGGGGAAUACCGUUGAGUAUAUGGAGGUUCCAGUCCUUCUCCUCGGCGGCCACGGCAAAAUCGCCCUCUACCUCACCCCGCUCCUGCUCGCGCGCGCCUGGAGCGUCACCAGCGUAGUACGCAAUGCAGAGCACGAGUCUGAGAUCCUCAAGCUAGGCGAGGGCCACCCGGGCAAGGUCUCCGUGCUACUGUCCAGCCUAGACGACGUCAAGACGCAGGCGGAUGCGCAGGCCAUUCUGGACAAGGUGCGGCCGGAAUAUGUCGUUUGGGCUGCUGGCGCCGGCGGCAAAGGUGGUGCCCAGCGCACCUACGCCAUCGACCAAGAUGCCGCUAAGCACUUCAUAUCUAGCUCCUUCGCGACGCCCAGCGUAACCAAAUUCCUACUCAUCAGCCACAUGGGCAGUCGCAAAACGCAAGCGUCAUGGAUCCCCGACGCCGCGUGGGAACGCACCAAGAAGCUCUGGAGCAGCGUGUUACCGGACUACGCGCGCGCAAAAUGGGAGGCUGAUCAGCUGCAAACCGCGCUGGCGGCAGUGGUGAAGCGGCGGGAACCGAAUAGGAAGUUUCAGAGCAUUAGUUUGAGGCCCGGGUUGUUGACCGAUGAGCCGGCGACGGGCAAGGUUGAGUUGGGGCGUGUGUCGGCGGUGGAGGGCUCGGUGUCGAGGGAGGAUGUGGCGAUUGUGGCGGAUCGCCUGUUGGCGAGGGACGAUACGGAGGGGUGGAUUGAUUUGCUGGGUGGGCAGGAGCCCGUGGAUGAAGCGGUGGAGAGGGUUGCGAAGGGGAAGAUUGAUGCUAUUGGGGAUGAGGAUGUGGAAGGGAUGAUUAAGAAGUUUGGUUUGUAG